CCGCCUGCCGCCGGGGAGCGAGCCCGGGCGCCCGUGGGCGGCCCCGCGUCUGACCGAACCUCCGGCCGACGCCGCGCAGCGCGCGGCCGGCAUGGCAGCGCCGAGAAGCCCCUCGCGGGCGCGGGAGCGGGCGCGGGUUCGCGCUCCCGCCGCAGGAAGUGACCAAGUUCACUCCUGGACACUAGUUACAAGCCAAGUCCUAGAUACUGCCUGGAGAAUGGCAAAGGGCUCCGUGAUGUUGGCAGUUUCACUGCUGGGGGCCACCCUCUGCUAUUUCAGAAGGCUGCAUUUAUAUUUAGAGCACUGGCUGAAAUGGUGGAUUGGAUAUCUGCAGAGAAAAUUCAAAAGAAACCUCAGCGUGGAGGCGGAAGUUGAUUUACUCAGUUAUUGUGCAAGAGAAUGGAAAGGAGAAACACCCCGUGCCAAACUGAUGAGGAAGGCUUAUGAGGAGCUCUUUUGGAGGCACCAUAUUAAAUGUGUUCGACAAGUAAAGAGAGAUAACUAUGAUGCUCUGAGAUCUGUGUUAUUUCAGAUAUUUAGCCAAGGCCUCUCUUUUCCAUCCUGGAUGAAAGAAAAAGAUAUUGUUAAGCUUCCUGAAAAACUGCUGUUUUCACAAGGUUGUAAUUGGAUCCAGCAGUACAGUUUUGGUCCUGAGAAGUAUACGGGUUCAAACGUGUUUGGAAAAUUACGUAAAUGUGUGGAAUUAUUGAAAAUGCAGUGGACCGAAUUUAGUGGAAUUAAAGAUCAUCACAGGAGAGGAAGUAUGUGUAACAUCCUUUUUUCUGAUGUCAUUCUGGAACAUAAACUUUAUGAAGCUUUAAAGUUCAUUAUGCUGUAUCAAGUCACUGAAGUUUAUGAACAAAUGAAGACUAACAAGAUCAUUCCCAGUCUUUUUAGACUCCUGUUUUCCAGGGAGACGUCAUCCGAUCCUUUGAGCUUUAUGAUGAAUCACCUGAAUUCUGUAGGUGACACGUGUGGAUUAGAGCAGAUUGAUAUGUUUAUACUUGGAUACUCCCUUGAAGUAAAGAUAAAAGUGUUCCGACUGUUCAAGUUUAACUCCAGAGACUUUGCAGUCUGCUAUCCAGAGGAGCCUCUCAGGGAGUGGCCAGAGAUCUCCCUGCUGACCGAGAACGACCGCCACUAUCACAUUCCCGUCUUUUAAGUCUGCUGUGGGCUGGACGCUGGCUCUUGCCAAAGACCACGGUCACACUUACAAGUAAAGUAUUUCUUGAAAACCAAAGCUAGUAUUUCAAUUGUGGAAGGAAUUAGGACCUUUUUCUCUGGAGUUACAGGUGCACUGGGUGGAGGAUGGUUUUCCUUUAUUUUUCAGUGAUUUCCUCUGAAACAGCUGCACUGAUUUAUUUGGCAGUUGGUGGUUUGACCUUGUUUGUAAGAGGUCUGGCCACUUCCCAUAAUAGCAGGCCUUUAAGUCACAAGGAAAUUUCAUAUGGACAGCAGGAAAAAAAUGAGAAGACAAAAAGUAUGGAAAAGCUGCUAACCUGGAAAGACUUUCUUCAUCUCUGACCUUGGUGUUAUUAAGACUCUCAUCUUGGCCUGGUUUAAGAUCACCAUCAACAUGACCUUAUGUUGGACGCAUCACCUUUAGGGGAAUAUUUGUUGUAUAUUAAUUUCCUAGAACCAUUUGAUUAACAUUAAAAUUAUGUGUAUAUGUAUAUGUUUAUAUAAACACAAACGUAUAUAUUUACAUAUACACACAUUUGACACAUACCCACAAAUAACCACUACUUUGUAAUAUUGUACAAUUUGUUUUAUAUCUUUGACAUUUUUUUGUUACUGUUGUAUCUGACCAGCUUAAUUGGUUUUAUUUUGAUAAAAAUGAUAAAUUCUAUAGAUUAAGGCAACUGAAUGAUAAUUACUGAACUGUCACAAAAAUAUUAAACUGUGGUAUAUUUAGCUUAUCUUUACAUGUGUGUUUAAUGACUGGAAACUCAUGUGGUAGGUUGAAUAAUGUCCCCAGACACACAGAUAUCUGCAUCCUAAUCCCAGAACCUGGGAUUAUGUUGGGUUAAGUGGCAAAGGAGAAUUAAGGUUGUAAUUGGAACUAAGAUACUAACCCAUUGACUUUGAAAGGGGAAGAUUAUUCUGGAUUCUCCAGGUGGGCCUGGUAUAAUUGAAAAGGUCCUUAAGAGUGGAAGAGGGAAUCUGAAGAGUGUUAAAGUCAGAGGAGAAUGUGAAGAAGAGUCAGAGAGAUACACAUUGCUGAUUUUGGAGAUAGAGGAAGGGGACAUGAGUCAAGGAGUGCCAAGGGCCUUGGGAGCUAGAAAAGACCAGGAGAUGGAAUCUUUCCUACAACUUCCAGAAGGAGCACAGCCCUGCCAGCACCUUGAUUUCAACCCAGCAAGACCCAGGUCAGGUGAAAUCUGCAGAACUGUAAGGUAACAGCUUCAAGUGUGAGCCUAUGAUGUGUUACAGGAGCAAGAGAAGACGAGUGUUCUCAGGUUAACUACUUUUUGUUUUAUUUUGAAAGUACUUUUCUAGACCUUUUGAAAAUCUUUAUUUUGGAGAUGACUUGCUCAUCUGUUUUGAAUUUCAAUAAAUUCAAAAUAAUUUCUAAAAUCUUGUAAAUGACAUGCACUUCCAAGUCACAAAUUCCUUUAUAACAAAUAAGUGACUUACUUAACAACGUGUUUGGCACUAACAUUCUACCACGUGUUUAUGUUGCUUCUUGAAUAAAUA